AUGUAUAUAUAUCUGUCUACUUAUGUUCAUAUCUAUCUAUCUAUCUAUCUAUCUAUCUAUCUAUCUAUCUAUCUAUCUAUCUAUCUAAUUCUGUUGAUAUCUAUCUAUAUUCUGAUUAUAUCUAUAUCUAUCUAUCUAUCUAUCUAUCUAUCUAUAAGUUUGUUCAUAUUUAUCUAUCUAUCUUGGUCUGUUCAUAUUUAUAUCUUGGUCUGUUCAUCUAUCUAUCUAUCUAUCUAUCUAUCUAUCUAUCUAUCUAUCUAUCUAUCUAUCUAUCUAUCUUGGUCUGUUCAUAUCUAUCUAUCUAUCUAUCUAUCUAUCUAUCUAUUAGAUCCCAUAAAUUCGAUUGCAUACCUUGAGAAAACACUAUCUAUCUAUCUAUCUAUCUAUCUAUCUAUCUAUCUAUCUAUCUAUCUAUCUAUCUAUGUUAACAACCACUACUAUUACUACUACUAUUGCAUCCCUCUUUGUUUCUCUUUCUUUUCCCUAUCUAUCUAUCUAUCUAUCUAUCUAUCUAUCUAUCUAUCUAUCUAUCUAUCUAUCUCACUCCGACAUCUAUCUAUCUAUCUAUGUAUCUAUCUAUCUAUCUAUCUAAUACUAAAAGUCUGUGAAUCGUGCGUACCUCUCUCUUUCUAUCUCUCUCUCUUUUCAGCUAUCUCUCUCUCUCUUUCCAUCUCUCUCUCUUUUCAGCUCUCUUUCUCCCUUUCCAUCUCUCUCUCUUUUCAGCUCUCUCUCUCUUUCCAUCUCUCUCUCUUUUCAGCUCUCUCUCUCUCUUUCCAUCUCUCUCUCUUUUCAGCUCUCUCUCUCUUUCCAUCUCUCUCUCUUUUCAGCUCUCUUUCUCCCUUUCCAUCUGUCUCUCUCUCUUUCAGCUCUCUCUCUCUUUCCAUCUCUCUCUCUUUUCAGCUCUCUCUCUCUUUUUCCAUUUCUCUCUUUUCAGCUCUCUCUCUCUCUUUCCAUUUCUCUCUUUUUUCAGCUCUCUCUCUUUUUCCAUCUCUCUCUGUUUUCAGCUCUCUCUCUCUUUCCAUCUCUCUCUCUUUUCAGUUCUAUCGCUUCUUUCUUUUUUCUUUCAAAUCUUUGUUCUUUUUUUCUCCUCUUUUUGUUCCUUCUUUCUAUACGUUCAUUUUUUUUAUCUAUUCGUUAAUUUUUUGGUCAUUCCUUCCUAUUCACAACAUAUUUUCUUGCUUCCUUUUGCCUCAAUAUUUCUUUAAUUUUUUCUUUUACACCUUUUUUUUAUUUCUAUCUCUCCUUUUACUUUCUUCUUUUCCCUUAAACUCUUCUUCACUUUUUAAUUUUGACUUUUUGUUAAAAUCUUUCUUUCUUUCUCUUCACAUACUUGCGUCUUCGAUUUUUCUUUUCCUUCAAAGCAUUCUUUACAUCUUUUGUUUUAAUUCCGUCUUUCUUUCUUUCUUUCUUUCUUUCUUUCUUUCUUUCUUUCUUUCUUCUUUUCAUUCACCUUUGAAGAAUGUUCAAAUUAUUCCUGAAAUUCCACCCCCACCACGCCCUUAUUCCUUGCUUUUCUUCUUUUUCUUUUCCCGCUAUUUUAUUUCUCUGAUUUCUUCUUUUCUACUUCUGCUUCUUUUUUUUUUAUUUCAUCGUUCUUUUUUUUUUUUUUUUCUAUUUCUUUUUCUUGACAUCGCCAUUAUUACUCCGCCAUUUUCUUUUUUCUUUUUUGUUCCAGUCAUACAUUCUCUUAUCUUUGAAAGUUUAUUUUCUUUAACUUCUCUCUUUCUUCCAGCGGGGUUAUUUUCUCUUUUUUCCUUUUGUUUUUCUAUUUCUUUUCUACUUUCCUUUUCUUUUUUUACUUUUUUUUCUCUUUCCUUCUUGUCUUCCUCGUAA